UUGUCUUACUCCACUGUGCCGUGUCCGGCUUCUAGUCUGGAUCCUGGCCAGAUGGGGAGGGAGUAGUUCCUGGAGAUUUCUUGGAGGGAUUUGUGGGAUAGAGGGGCAGAGGGAGAUUUAAGAAUUGAUAGGUGGUCGAGUUGUGUUUGGCCGGGUGGAUAUGCGCAAGCAAAGUCGAGGAGCUUUAUCCCCCCCCUCAUAUGGGAUUAUUGCCAGCAAUGGACAGAGAGAGGAAGGAGGCACAGCGGCUGGCGUUUCUUGAUUUUCACGGUUAUAAACGCGCAGAGCACCGCACCGGCCUCUUCAAUUGUCACAUUAAGGAACGUUUAAUAGCGCUUAAAAUCUAGGGAAAGUUGGUCGCCCGACUGUCACAGAGACCCCGCAGUGGUCGGAUCCAAAAAGAGGCGCAACCAUGACGACCGAGAGCUCCCAGCAACAUUUGGAUCCAUCUAAUCCUCCGCGUUCCAUCCCAGCGGCCGGUGCUCUGAAUGUGAAUCUGCUGAGCGCACAGCCAGUGAUGGAGAGCGCGCACGCUGCAUCAGCUAAAGGGAAAAAGGGAAACUCGGGCUUGAGGCGCCCAGAAAAGCCCCCCUACUCAUAUAUUGCCCUCAUUGUGAUGGCAAUUCAAAGCUCGCCGACCAAGCGGCUUACUUUGAGCGAAAUCUAUCAGUUCUUGCAGGCCCGGUUCCCUUUCUUCAGGGGAUCGUACCAGGGAUGGAAGAACUCCGUCAGACACAACCUGUCUCUGAACGAGUGUUUCAUAAAGCUGCCCAAAGGUCUCGGCAGACCCGGCAAGGGGCACUACUGGACCAUCGACCCGGGAAGCGAGUUUAUGUUCGAGGAGGGCUCCUUUCGUCGCAGACCCCGGGGGUUCCGCAGGAAAUGCCAAGCUUUGAAACCAAUGUACAGGAUGAUGAAUGGAAUCGGGUUUGGUGCGUCUAUGCUGCCACAAAACUUUGAUUUCCAGUCACCUUCAGGCUCAUUAGCAUGUCAUAACAGCUAUAACUUAGACUUGAUGGGUAAUCCAGUGCCGGGUGGCUUCGAUGGGCUAGGAGGGGGGCACCACGUCCCACAAAUGUCAUCAAGCUCCGGGUCUUCGUACAUGGCUGCCUGUCAGGGGGGUUCUAACGCGGACUAUUGCCCGGACAGCAGCAGCAGCCCCCUGCAGUCCUCUCCAGCGAUGGUCGGCGCCCUGGACUGUCAGUCGCCUUAUGCAAAUGCAGCCUCACACUGGAGCUCACCUGGUGUACCUUCAUACAUGAAACAGCAGUCGCUGGCAUCAAGCAGCCCCACUUCUUCUGCUCUGCACACCGGCAUGUCAUCCUACUCUCUGGAUCAGGGCUAUCUGCACCAUAACGCACGAGAUUCUUCCGACAUUUCAGUGGGACUGUCUCGAUAUUCCAACCACUCAGCUCCGGUGUGUGACAGGAAGGACUUCGUCCUCAACCUCAAUGGAAUCUCCUCUCUUCAUCCCAGCAGCGGAGGAUCUUAUUAUCACCAGCUUCAUCAUCACCAUCACCAGAGUGUCUAUCAGGACGUAAAGCCAUGUGUCAUGUGACAGAAGAAGACGGGAAUGGCCUUAACUGUACAGUGGGCUAUACUGUUGAUCUAAAUCAACCCUCAGGUGGAGUUUUUAUUGUAACUAAACUUGUGGUGACGAAAGGGCGAUUUGAUUUUCUGCAGACUCAGAGUGGAAGCAGAGACAGUUUUCUUCCGUGAACUUUGACCUUUUACACCGUUUAGUAAUGGUUAUGAUAUGGGGACUUGUUGUGGCACUUCACUUUACACACACGGAUAAGCAAUAUCUACAUUUUUACUGCAAAAAUACACCGAACACGUACCAGAUUUAAUCUUUAUUCAUGCACUUAAUGUUGUUUUCCCGAUUUUACUGAAAUUGUUGUUGAU